AUGAUCCGUGGACUCCUAUCGGUGCCCGAACUUGAACUUUACGAGGGCAUGGUUGACGAGUGGCGGACCCUGGCCAAACAGGACGAUUCGGAUACUCUUACCAUUGAUAUUUACUGCACAUGGCUACUGGAUCAUAACCACGAGGAGAUCGCCCAGUUCACGCCGAUCAUGAUUAGCAACAUCCGCUGGAAGACUUACAUGGUCUUCUUCCUGUUGAACCUGGCCUUCCGUGUCGUCGUCUGGAUGUUCUUCCUCCAGACGUCGGGUCGGAACUUGGACAAGGUCGUCGACUCCCUAUGGCCGCGUUCAGGCAGCUGGGAGGCGGACGAUAACGGGUCGGACCCCAAGAUGCCAGCACACGGUGAGAUUGUCGAACAUCCUUCUCGCCUGAAGCGCAACGCCACUCAAAACAACGAGACGUGUCGAAAGAAGACGUUACGGUAG